AUGGAUGUGACGAACAUGCUGAAUAGCAAAGGCGGCCCCAUCAUUCAGCAUUUUCAUCAUCCACAAUUCCUCGGAGCUCCGACCGACUUUCACCAACCUCACCUUACUCUUAUCAAGCACGAGUCCAGCAUGGAACGCUCAGUCUCCCCCCAUAUGUCUGAGCAUUCGUCCUACUCGACGCCUCACAGCAUCGGCAGGCCGUACCCCUCACCAAGCGCCAUACAGGCACCGAUGCACAUGGCAAGCUCAUUGACGGGUCCCAUGCCCAUGCAUGCUUUUCCAGAUAUGCCUGGAGCCAUGGGCGUCGUGCACAACAUGGCCAUGCACCAGAUGACGCAACAACAAGCUCAACCUCCACCUCAACCAGCCAAGGCAUUCCUGUGCAGCACGUGCGGCAAGAGCUUUGCUCGCCGCAGUGACCUUGCUAGACAUGAACGGAUACACAGCGGCAUGAGACCGCACGUCUGCGAUUUCCCUGGAUGCGGCAAGCAAUUCAUCCAAAGAUCUGCCUUGACCGUUCACAAGCGUGUCCACACGGGAGAAAAACCGCAUCACUGUGAGACUUGCGCCAAGCGAUUCAGCGACAGCAGCUCUCUGGCGCGACACAGACGCACCCACACGGGCAACAGACCGUACAAAUGUCCCUACGCCGAUUGCCAAAAAACGUUUACCAGACGGACAACGCUUACCCGGCACCAGAACCACCACAGCGGCACGAUUGAGGAAGCCGCAGCUGCUACUGCGGCGGCGCUUGCCGCUUCCAAGGCGCAAAAGGGGGGAACCCGGACACGUUCUGAUGGAGAUCAUCUCUCAAGCCACGGAUCUCCUCUGACAACGCCUUCACCCGCUCAGCGAGCCAUGUCCAUGUCACCUACCAUGGACAUGACGACGGCGAGCGCGGUGAACAGGCAUGCUGGCGAGUUUCAAUACCUGCAGCAAAAUGCAUCGCUUCCACCGCACUUGCGCAUCGGCAGUCCUACCUCGACAUCGUCGGCGGGCUACACCAGCAACGGUAUGCGGCCUACAUCACAUCCUCACUCGUACGGUCCACCGCCGAUCCUGGAGCCCAAUCUGGAGCAGCACCAGGCCGGGCCGGGGAGCGGUGGAGGUAGCCCUCACAUGAGUGCCAUGGGCUGGCAAUCGCCCUCGCACGUACCGUCCCCGUCGCACAACGGAGCGGGUUACGUGUAUCCAGAACCCGACACAUACCAGCAAAACGCGGCGAUGAACCAAAUGUACUACGGAGCAUCAACCCAGAUGCGCCGCCCCACGAGCACCGAGCCUGGUCUUGUGCACAUGGCUUAG